AUGAUGAUCCCAAAAAUCAUAUCAGUCAGUGAUUCAUUGAUACAAAAUAUUGAAAAAUACACCGACAUCAAAGCAGAUAUCAAUAUCAAACAGAUUGCAAGUGAAUUCACUGUCAAUUCCAUAGCAAGCUGUAUCUUAGGUAUAAUACCAGGCACUCCUGAGAAACUGGGCAACUGUUUUGCAGAAGUGACUAGAAAACAUUUUGAGAGAGAAAGGCUCAGCUAUCUUCUGCGAGUGUCAUUCCUCAAUAGGUUUCCAGAUCUGAGCUGCAAAUUGGGAUUGAGAUACAUCAAGAAAGAAGUAGCAGAAUUUUUUUUGAAACUUGUUGAGGACUGCAUAAGUUACAGGAAGGAAAACAAAUUCAUCUGUUCAGAUUUUCUGCAAUCUUUGAUUAAUCUGAGAAAUAAAAAAAACGCCAAAGUGAAUAUUUUAACUGAUGAAUUUUUGGCCGCCCAGGUAUUCUCAUUAUUUUCUGCAUCUCUCGAAACAUCGUCAACUGUUAUAACCUUUACUCUGUAUGAAUUAGCAACUAAUACACAUAUUCAGGAGAGGCUUAGGAAAGAAAUAAAUGAAGUUUUAGAAAAGCAUAAAGGUCAACUGAAUGAUGUCGCUUUGAAUGAAAUGAUAUACCUCCGUCAAGUGAUAAACGAAUCUCUUAGGUUAUAUCCACCGAUAACAAGUUUGGAAAGGAGGUGUAUGAAGAAUUAUAAAAUCGAUGGUACUGACUUGAUGAUAGAGAAACAUAUAAGUAUAACAAUUCCAAUAUUUGGACUUCAUAGAGAUUCCAGAAACUACCCGUAUCCGGAAAAAUUUGAUCCCGAUAGAUUUAGUGCAGAAAAUAAACAUAAUAUCCAACCACAUACGUACCUUCCCUUCGGUAUAGGGCCGAGGAGUUGUAUAGGUCAGCGUAUUGGAUUCUUGUUGAUACAAAUAGCUCUUGUCGAAAUACUGAAGAAGCUCAAGCUGAUUGUCAGCGCUUCCACACGAUUACCGUUUGAGAUGGAUAAAGUGAAUUUAUUCUUAACUAUUAAAAAUCCCGUCUUUCUAAAAGCUGAAAAAAUACAACACUGACAACAACAAGGAAGAUUUCAGAUAACAACCUCACGAUAGUUUGUAAAUGUUUACUAUAGUAAAAAAUGAAAGUUGCAUUGUAACGGCAAAAACAAAACAAAAAAUGAUAAGGGCGCAACCAGUUUAUUUUUAUACAUUCAAACUGGAAAACCUCCAGGUCUUUUGGAUUUCGUCCUGUACUACACUAAAUGACUUGGAUAUUAAAUUAUGCCGUGUUUUUGAAAAGAUUAUGAUGAUUUGUCGGUAGAAAGAGAUAGCAAGCUUUACUUUGAACCGUUUAUUUAUUGAAAAAAAAAGGUUCGAUUAACAACAAAAUUAAAGGAAAGUUAGUAUUAAUGGGGAGUACACAGGUAUUUUUUCAAAAUUUAUAAAUGAAUGGAAUGAAGAAAACAUGUUGAGA